CCCGUGUAAACAGCUCUCACCCAGCAGCCUGUUUCUCCCCCCUCCCUCCCCCCUCUCUCCCUCCUCCAUCUCCUCCCGGUUCUCCCCUUUCUACUGCUCCUCAGCAGCGCCAAGGCGGGCUAACCUAGCAACCAUGGCUGCUACUGACAACUACUACGACAAGAUCACCGCGAUUCAGCAAAGCCUACACGAAAGGGAGAAACGGAGACUGGAGCUGGAGAGAGAUCUGUUCGCGUACUACCGUUCGGAUAAAACAAUCCUACAGAUAAAGUCUUCCAAACUACGCAGUUAUCUCAAGGAAAUCUCUAACAGGGAAGCAAGAGCAAAAAUGAGAAACCUUGAGCUUCUGAGAGAUGUGGAGUACAUGGAGAAUCGCAUGAGAGAAUAUCAUCUUGACCAUGGCAGCCUGCAACAGCAAAAGGCGGCGUGUCUGAAAAGAAUUUCGGAGGAGAGAAAAAUAAAGGAAAUGGAGGUGGAAGCAGGAAAGAUCAGAGUGAGGAAGCGCUGCGACGACUCACUCUCUCACCCGCCAAAACUAUGGACACCAUCACCGGGAGUAAAUGUGAUGGAGAACCAGACCCCCGGAGCGUCGGACCCUGGAGGUGGCACAACGAGUGUACUCUCACACCAAGCACUGCCACGGUCGCCCAGUUCCAGCAUGAACUCCGCUGAACGGCCACCAGGUGGCCAUUUAAAGGACUCCACGGUUUACGCAAAGGACGCCAUUGGCAACAGAACGUGUUUAUCUGAUGACAUUUCAGACUCAAAGUCUUCCCCCGAUGGCUAUCAUUUGAGUGACAAGGAUGAAAGAAAGAUGGCGCAGCUUCCCGCCGUUUCUUCUCCGACGACCGUGACGUGCGGCGAGACAUUUGUUGGUGAUAAUGAGAAGGAACCUCUGCCUUUCAUUACCUCGACUCGUCUUGAAAAGAAUUUGUCUACCUGCAGCAACGACCCGAUAUCGUCUGCAAAUUCAGCCGCAGAAGAAGAUAUUGCGCAAGAUCGGGAUGAAAAUGAGGCUACGCAGAGAGAUCGCAAUCAUUCGACGGCUGGAAACUUUCCAGAGAGAGAAGCGCAAAAUAAAGCAGGUAGCUAUGACGGCGCCAGCGCAGCGAGUUCUGACAUGGAGUUGUCAGAGAGCACGGCUAGCGACCUGUCACUUUCUCUGACCCAAUCGGAACCGGAGGAGGAGCUACCCGACGGCGAGGAGUCCGACGGAGACGUUAGCGCUGUGGGCAGCCCAGAUCAGAUCUCUGAUGGAUCCAGAAAAACAUCGCCGACGAUGGCGUUACAAAGUCUCUCCCAGGAAGCUCUGUUUUAUCUGCUCGACAGCAUCGAAGGACGACUCCAGGGUGAGCGGACCGCUCUGUAUGGCAACUCUGCAAUUGAUGGCAGACGACUCAAUAGACUCAUCAGCCUUUGUAACGAUGGCGAGGACUUGAACGAGGAGGACCUGGAAGCCUGCGGCGCCGUCGUCCUUCACGGGCUGCAGAGGUUGUCAUGGAGCACGGCCACGGGCGGCCUCUUACCUCAGGCGCUGGUGAGUUCUGACCGGUCCAGUCAGGAUCCUGAGGACAUAAGCACCAGCCUCCCUCCUGACGCCGCUCGGCUGUGGGAUCGCUGGUUCAAGCACGCCCUUCUGCUUAAGCAGCAUUGUGUCCUCAACACUGAGCGUUUGGUCCAGCUGUUCACGCCGCUGCUGCUGGGGCGCCAUGCCUCCAACAGCCACCAGGCCAGAGGGCUGCUGAGGACACUUCUGUCCCGGUCCAGUGAGGAGAGACCCUCAGCAGAGGACAAGAGCGACUUGUCUUCGUCGUGUGAUUUGUUUCCUCUUCACGCUCGCAGCGAUGUGAAACCUGCCAGGCCAAUACAAAGACAACAGACCCCAGAACUACAAAGUGCUGAAGAGGACAGCCAGGACGAAAGCCCUGUGGAAAGUGUUCCUAUUAGAGAAACAAAAGCGUAUCAGUUACUUAAACAAUCAGCCAUGCAGAAAAGGCUGCAGAGCUCUGAAGAGGAGGAGGAGGAGGAGGAGGAGGAGGAGAGGAGCCUCUCAGGAACAAAUCGUGGCCAUGAAGUGGACCUGGGGAGGGACACACGCUCCUCACAUCAAGACCCUUACCCCUGGAGAGAAAAGACCAACUCACAGGCUCAUUCUGCCGUACAGUCAAAAGACCUGUGGGGGGAGUCAGAUGACAGCAACGCAGAGAUCGAAGCCGCCUUACGACCUUCGGCGUUCAACGCAAACAACGACGAAUCCGACGACUUCUACGACUGAUACGAACAUUCAGAUUUUGUUUUUUUUUGUCAUGUGUUACCAUGUGGAAAAAGGACGUCUGCUGCUGAUGUUGGUGUUUUUUUUUUUUGUUGUUUUUUUUUUAAUCAUCAUAUUCACCCUGUAUCGUAAAAAAAAAAAAACAAUAAAGUUGCCGGCUCUCUCAUUGGUUAAAGUGUGUGAAGAGUUGUCCAACGCACUGAUGUUAACCCUGCUUCAGUCUCUUUAUCUGAACAACUCUCCCGGCUCGUAAUAACAGCUCCAAAUAGAUUAAACUGAUCUUUUAAAGCGAUUUGUUUGCACUGGGCUGGAAAUCAUGCAUUUUGAAUGCAGCCGGCGUCUCCGAGUGCUCUGCCGCCGGCAUGCUUGAGUGUAGUGAUGUGAGUCACCUGUGAAAUGACAAAGCACAAUGGCCACUCUGCCUGCUGCCGUGUGACCCGUAAACCUACUGAAGAGGCCCAUCUCCGAGGGCACAGAGCGCUGCGCCGCCAACAGACUCGGAUCACUCGGUUAGCCCGCGGCCAUCAUCUGCCGCCCCGCGCGUUUAUUUCCACAGCUCGUUUCUGCCGGCGUGUGUUAAAAAUACAGUGAUAUGUCUCCUUGUCGACGCCACAGUUUCCCCGUUGUGAGUGUCAGAUGGCAGGCACUACACCGAGACCGGGGUCAGAAAUUAGCAGCGGGGCUCACGGUAAUGUGAAUAAAAAAAAAAA